AUGAUACCGAUCACCGAUCCCGAUACGGAUGCACCUCCCAAUCAUGUGCCGUUGUUCUCCACUUACUAUGAUCUUCAACUGGCCUCCAGCCGCCUCACUGAACAAAACAAUCCCGAAGAGGUACUUCGUGCAAAGGCUACUGGAGACAAUUCUGUAAAGGAGAUAGACAUCACAUGGUGGCCCAAGGAUGGUUCGAGAUUCGUCGAUGAACACGGGGAAAUCCUCCAACACGUUGCACCCUCAGAACAGCCUGAGGAGGAUGGAGAAGAAGACAGACACUAUUUUGACCCCAACGCACCUCGGAGGCAAAUUGUCUUCUGUCAGCCUGGAAGCGCGCCGCCGGAGCUUCCCGACCAUCAGGUUGCUUGCUUUGUGUCGCCAACCUCGUUCUAUGAAACCAUGGUAUCCAUGUUCGCAGCCAUGAGGCAAACUCGGACAGUUCCAAGCCACAUGUGUCCACGCAUGUACGAGUAUACGCCGCUCACUUCUGGCCAGAACAUCCGGAUUCUCACACUGUGGCCUGGUUCAGGGGAUACCCAAAUCCGUUGCGAGACACGUGAGAUAGCACUCGGAGCGGGAGAGUACUACGAAGCACUGUCAUACACCUGGGGUGAUCAAUCCACUGGGACGUUGAUCAGCUUCAACGGGCUUCUGCUUCCGAUAGCGCCAAAUCUAUGCAGUGCGUUGCUACACUUGCGCCUUCCGGACAGACCGAGGACUCUAUGGAUCGAUGCCGUGUGCAUCAAUCAGUUGGACAACGAAGAGAAGAGCAUGCAGGUGCAGAUGAUGCGUGAAAUCUAUCAAGAAGCUUCAAAGGUCAUUGUUUGGCUGGGCUCAGCCCAAGACGACAGCAAUGCUGCAAUGGACAUGAUCACGGGGGAUGUGACGGCUGGGUGUGAGGAGGCAACAGUACCAGGUGACUUUGAUUUCUUCCACGACGACGACCUCCCCCAGAGCAAAGGCAAACAGCCUGUUAGGGAUACGUUCAGGCAGGACCAACAUUCAAAGUCUUUCGAUCCCGAGCAGCUUUCAGAUGACGGAGACACUAUUCGAGGUGAUACUGAAGGUGCAGAAAGUGAUAGUGAAAGAGCAUGGGGUGCACUUCUUGCGUUAGUGCAACGACCCUGGUGGACACGGGCGUGGGUCUUACAGGAAUACACCGUCCCAAAGAAGGAACCAAUCUUUCAAUGUGGGAAGCAGGUCGUGACGGGCAAGGAACUACAAGAGAUGUGUUCCCUCCCUCCCAAAGCUAUCGAAUCGAUUUCCCGUUUCCUCACUCCGGAGACGGUGGCGUUGAAGGCAGCAUUUCGGCUCAACCCGCUAUUCAUGACGCGCGAAAAAUUUCAAGAAGACGGCCAGCUGGACUUACGGCGCCUCCUACGAUACAACCUGAACUCGCAAGCGACAAAUCUCAGGGAUAAAGUGAUCGCACUUCUCGGUCUCACAUCCCAGGAAUGCCGCGAUGCGCUGAUUCCCGACUAUUCCAAAUCCAUCACUGAGAUCUUCGCAGAGGCAGCAAAAUACAUCAUCCAGUCCACAGGAGACCUGAACAUCCUCUCCAUCAACACCAACUCCAGCCGCGAAACCGACCCGCCCCUUCCCUCCUGGGUCCCGGACUGGGGCCUCUUCGCCACCCGCGCCCUGACCCUCCUGCAAAGCUUCGUCUACGAGGCCUCAGGCCCAUACUCCGCCUGCAUCGGCCCAUCCUCCGAACCCGACAUCCUCGAAGCCGGCGGCAUCCCCAUCGACCGCGUCACGCACGUCACCGACAUCAUCACCCCCGAGAGCGUCACCAGCGGCGGCCUCGACACCCUCCGCCGCACCAUCCGCGCCCUCCACGACGAACUCCUCUCCGCCAUCACCACCUCGCGCAGCACCACCACCACCACCCACACCAAGCGCCCCGACAUCGACCCCGACCGCCUGCACCCCCCCGACUCGUCGACCCCGCGCCGCCGCAACCCGCGCAAACGCCGCCUCAACCCCGACCAAUUCUGGCGCACCCUCGUCGCCGACCGCUACAUGCUGCCCGACCAGUCCUUCGAGAGCCCCGCGCCCGCCGCCUUCGGCCAGCUGUUCGACCUAAUCUUCGACGAGCACCCAGACACUAGCUGCAUCCCAGUUGACUUCCUCCCCGCGGCCCCGCCUGCUACGCGCCUCGAACGCUUCGUCGCGCCGCUGGCGGCGCAGAUGGGCCAGGUGCUGGCGACGCGCCGCGUCUUCGUGACCGAGGGCGGGAGGACGGGCGUCGGGCCGGCCGAGGCUGCGGUGGGGGAUGUUGCGGCGGUGUUGAUGGGUGGGGAGAUGCCGUUUUUGUUGAGGGAGGUGCCGGUGGAGGAGGAGGGGGAGGAAGGGGAGGAGGGAGAGGAGGAAGGGGAAGGCGGGGAGGAGGGGCAGGGGCGCGGGCCGGGGAUGGUCAAGUUGGUGGGGGAGGCGUAUGUGCAUGGGGUUAUGCAUGGGGAGGUGGUGGAGGGGUUGCCGGGGCCCGGGGAGGGGUUGGAGAGGUUUAUGGUUAUUUUUCGGAUUUGUUGA